AUGGCUCCUACCAAGACAGAAGGAAUAAGCAAUAAGAGGGUGACCAGAGAAAGUGUGGAGCUUUUAGUGGAUGAGGGAAGUAAUCUAGUGACCGAUAAUGUGGGAAAAGCUGAAGUACUCAAUGCUUUUUUUGCCUGUCUUCAGACAAGAUGUAUUUGUAACACGUAUUUUCUUUACAUCAAACUAACCACAGAGCUGCUCUUCUGGACUGUGGGACCUCCAGAACCGACUAGUUACUACCCCAGCACCUCUACGUUGCAAGAUAACUGCAAGUUUUCCAAUGUGUUUUGUGAAAAUUCUCAGAAGCUGGUCAAUGUGCAGUUCUUUGCACUCGCUGCUAAAUACCAUUCCUUGCCAAGCCUUGAUGUGUGUACUCCAUUAGAACAGAUGCUUGGAGCACUGAGUGGAAAGCAACAAGAGAGAUAUGAAAUCAAAACAGAUGAGUUUAUGAAUAAUAAGAAAUCUCAUGAAGUGCAGGUGAUGUCAGAAUUGAUAGACAGCAUUGCAAAUUUUUGUGGUGUAAAGCAGGUGAUUGACCUGGGCUCUGGAAAAGGCUACCUAAGCUCAUUUCUAUCCAUGCAAUAUAAACUAAAGGUUUAUGGAAUUGAUUCCUCAAAUACCAACACUCAUGGAGCUAAUGAAAGGAACAGGAAAUUGAAGAAACACUGGAGAGCUUAUCAAAGUCGGGCAAGAGCAAAUGUAAGAAGCCAAGUGUUGGAAGAGUCAAUGGAAAGGGCAGUGCAAGGUGAAAUGAAAUGUAGAGCAAAUAGCAACGAAAAGCUUUUAAGUACUAACAGUCUUUUAAGUCAAGACCAGGUGAAUACUUCUGAUUCAGUUCCUUUGGAAAUUUCUGGUGCUUUCACAGACUCGGCUAUGUUGAAAACCAAUAAACAAACUGAACCUCAUUUGUUGACUCAGCCACAGUCUGAUGGGAACAAAACAUGUGAGAAUGCUUUUUCUCUUCUAAAUAUUCUACCUGCUGAUGCUGUAGAAGCUGUUUCUUCAUCCAAAUAUAAUAUGGAGCUCUGUGAAGAGGAAAAAGAGCAAAGAAAAAUGUCUUCCAUAAAGGCCAAAGCAAGCAAGUCAAGUGACUCAAGCAUUUAUUUGCCAUUGACCUCAUACAUCACUGCAGAAACAGAACUCCAUGAUAUCAUUACAGAUCUGGAGGACUGUAUAAUGGUGGGACUACAUACAUGUGGGGAUCUUGCUCCGAAUACACUGCGAAUCUUUACUGCUAAGCCUGAAAUCAAGGCAGUUUGCAGUGUGGGCUGCUGUUAUCACCUGUUGACAGAAGAGUUUGAAAACCAAAAAGAUUGCUCUCCAGGAUUGUGGGGGUUUCCCAUGUGUCGGUAUUUAAAGGAAGAGAGCUGGUGCUGUGGUCGCAAUGCCAGAAUGUCAGCAUGCUUAGCUUUGGAACGAGUUGUGGUCAGCCAAGUGCUGCCUACAGAAUCAUUGUUUUAUCGAGCUGUUCUACAGGUUAUUAUAGAGGAAUGUUACGGCAUGAUCACAAGUGAUCAACAUGUUGGUAAGAUUUUCUCCAAGUCGUCUUCUUUUGUGGAUUAUGUCAGAAAGUCUCUGAAGAAGCUUGAACUUGAUGAGUCAAAGCUCCCGGACAGCUGUAUAAUGGGUUACUAUGAAAAAUACAAGCAUAGAAUGAAUGAACUGGAAGCAUUUAAUAUGUUGAAAGUUGUUCUUGCUCCCUGUAUAGAAGUUUUGUUACUUCUGGAUCGUCUUUGCUACCUCAAAGAGAAGGACAACAUUGCCUGGUCUGGACUAGUGAAAUUAUUUGAUCCUGUAAAAUCCCCCAGAUGCUAUGCAGUUGUUGCUCUGAAGAAAUAGCAGUGCAUUCAAGUUGAAGCAGUUGCAAGAUAAUUCACAGCUCUACAUCUGAUACUAUUAUUACUAUUCACUCCCACAUUUAUUUUGUUAUUAUUUUAAGUUAUGUAAGUACGCUAGUAGUAUUAUGUAAUCAUUUUGUUUUUACCUGAAAAAAUAAAGAAUUUAAUAAGUAUGAAUCAUGAGAAAUAUAUUGAAAGUAAAAUUGAAGUUGUUUUAUAUAUUUCAACAUGUCCUGGUAUAAUGUAUUAAAGUAAUGUUAAGCAUUUGAUUUUCCCAGAAAAAUUUAGAGGCCCAUAUUGUGUGACUAUUUUUAAAGCCUUUAAUGGCUUAAAAAGUGAUAUGAUGUGAUAUGUUAUAGUUCAGACUGUGACAGGGCGAGGCAGUCCCACACUGAACCCAAAGGGCCCAGCCAGGGUUACCUGGCUGCAGAGGCCCCUCCCCCACAGCCCUACCGAGCUGUAGCUCCACUAUAAAAGCCUGGGGAAGGGCUCAGUCUGGGAGGUCAGUCGGAGAAGGACUGGUGAGGGGAGCUCCUGCGCAGCGGUUGCCCGAGACUCCAGGAGAGGCUGGAGGGGGCGCGGAGGCGAGUUGGUGCGACCCAGGGACUGCCUGCCAAGGAGACACCGGCCUGGAGGUAGCAGUGAGCUGGGCGACUACAGGGGAAGAAACCCCAGGGAACCAGGUAGGAAGUGGCCCGGGGCAGGAGCGGGAGCCUCCUCGCCCGCCCAGAGAACCUCGGCGCGUUUUGGCCGGAUUGCCCCGCCGAGGGAGUGACCCGCUACCCGGUUGCUCACAGGGCCCUGGGCCGGGACCUGGUGGAGUAGGGUGGGCCUGGGUCCUCCUGCUUGGGGUGCGUCCCUGCUACGACCUUAAUCUCUGUUCAGGACUCAGGCUGGAGGGCCUUGACCUUGACUUAGAGGGCCAGCUUUAAACUGUGCUUCAGACUCAGGCCAGAAGGCCUUGGCCUUGACUUAGAGGGCCAUCUUGAAACUGUGUUCUGGACUUAGGCCGGAGGGCCUUGGCCUUGACUUAAAGGGCCAGCUUUAAACUGUGUUUCGGACUCAGGCCAGAAGGCCUGGACUUGAGAGGGUAGGUGGGAGAGGCCCGCCACAAGACUUAUGGGGAAGUGCCCAAUGCUCUUAGGAUCAUAGAACUGAAAGGGACCUUAAGAACUCCUCUAACCCAGUUUUCUGUACUCAUUGCUGGAGUAAAUCUUGUCUUAGACCAUCCCUGACAGGUGUCUGAAAAAUCCAAAAAUGGAAGAUUCCACAACCUCUUCUGGACAAUUUAUUCUAGCAGUUAACCACCCUGAGCGGAAGUUUUUCCUACUGUCCAAUCUAAUCCACCCUUGCUGCAAUGUAAGUCCAUUUCUUCUUGUUCUAUCCUCAGAGAUGAAGGAGAAAAAAAUUCUCUGUGUAACAGCCUUUUAUGUACUUGAAAACUCUGAUCAUGUCUUCCCUCAGUCUUGUCUUUAGACUAAACAAACAGAUUUUUUUUCCAAUUUUUCGCUAAUAGGUCAUAUUUUCUAGACUUUGAAUCAUUUUUGUU